AUGGAAACCCCAAAGGAAGUGCUGGCAGUCCAGGGAUUCCGCAAAACUCAUACAAAUGCGAAUGAUGAUCAGCCAUCGGAAGCAGCGACUUCGAAUAUCACAACUCUUGACACGCUUCAAACCCAUGACCAACGCACGCUGAUGACACGGCCGUUCCAAUCGGUACUUAACACUCUGGACAAGCUUGAGCGUGAAGACCCGAAGCUAGCUUCCCAGGCAGCGAGGCUGGUGGGGCUGUUUCGGCGGCUGUGGGAGUCAUGUGUCACUAAGCAUGUCGAUGCCCAGGCUCUCGAAGAUACAAAUCAAGCCCUGAGAGCCGACAAUGUACAAUUGAGGCAGGAGGAAGGUCGCUUGAAAAAGCGUGAGGAAGAUCAAACCACUCGCCUCGCAUCCUUCCAUGAAGGCAUGGAGCACGCCAGAGAACAAAUGCUUGAGGCACUGAAGAACUGGAAUAUGUAUGUGUCGGAUGAUGUGAUAUUGCCCUCGCAAGAAAUGACGGCGAAUGCUUGA